UAGGCUGUAAGUACAGAUCCAGUUCCAGUGAAACUACAUUAUGACAAAUCACAUGAUCAAGUAUGGGUGCUCAGUUGGGGAAGCUUUGAUAAGAAUUCUCCUACACUACAAGUAAUAACCCAGGCCAGUGGAAGUAUUUCUCAUCAUACUAUUCACACUCAACCAGUGGGGACACAGUUUGACAGAGUGGAUGACUUUUUCAUUCCAUCUACGACCCUCCUUAUUACCCACAUAAGAUUUGGAUUUAUUCUUCACAAGGAUGAGCCUAUACUCCAGAAAAUUGAUCUUGAAACAAUGUCAUACAUCAAGACAAUUAGUUUAAAGGAUUACAACUGUGUUCCAAAGACUCUGGCAUAUACACAUCUUGGAGGAUAUUAUUUUGUCAACUGUAAGCCUGACACUACUGGAGCUAUUCCCCCACAAAUAAUAAUAGAUAGUGUUACUGACUCAGUUAUCGGAUAUAAUGGUGAUGUAACAGGAUCUCCAUAUAUUUCUCCAGAUGGUCACUAUAUAGUCAGCAUUGAUGAAGUGAAAGGUCUCAUGAGGGUCCAGACAAUUACACUAAGAGGAGAAAUACAAGAUGCCUUUGACAUUCACACAAACUUGCACAUAUCUGAUGUAGCUUUUCAAGCAUCAUUUACUGAAGCCCAUCAAUAUAAUGUCUUUGGUAGUUCCAGUACACAGACUGAUGUCCUUUUUGUAGAACUGUCCUCUGGGAAGGUGAAGAUGGUGAAGAAUCUUAAGGAACCUCUUAAACCAGAUGAAUGGCCUUGGAACAAUAAGAACCGAUUAAUUGAGGGCAGUGGGCUCUUUGGUCAGUACCUGAUGACACCUUCCAAGGAAUCCUUGUUUAUUUUAGAUGGACGACUGAAUAAGCUUAAUUGUGAAAUCACUGAAGUUGAGAGAGGAAACACAGUAAUUUGGGUUGGAGAAGCAUAA